AUGCAGCAGUGCCACGCUCAGGCCUGGCCCCGCAACCUGGAGGUCGCCAGCCAUGAAUUGCGAUCGUGGCAGGCCAUCGGCGCGGGAGCUAUUGGUGCUGGACCGAUUGGUGCAGGAACCAUCGGGGGGGCAAUUGCUCCACCAAUGGCACCAUCGCCUGACUGGGGCCAAUUCCGCCAGGCUCUUGGACGCCCAGUGGCACCCCCCAAUCCAGACACGCUGCCGCCCCAAGAGCGAGCAGAGCGAGCAGCGCCGGAGGUCUUGCCACCUCGCCGCGAGUCUCCCGAGGUACGUCCUCCCGAGCCGCCCCGCGAGGCCCCUCAGCCACGCGAUGCACAACCACCUCGCGAGGCGGCACGUGACCCAGUGCCAGCCCGAGAGCGCGAGCGUGACAACCGCACUCCGCCCACAGGACCCACACUGGAGCGAAAGGGCAGCACAGGCGAGAAGUAUGUUCCUCCCGGUUCGGGAAAUCGCCCACCACCAAAGUCUGAGCCCAAACCAGUGGAGAAACGCUUCGAAGCUUCCGCCAUCGAGCGCCGCAGGCACAGCCAAGGCCUUGGUAUAGCUUUGCAUCAGAGAGAAGAGGCGCUGGAGGGCGUGGAUGCCUGGGAGGAGUCCGGCCCAGUUCGGCCCAAGCCGUCUAAUUCCACAGGUCCUGCCACUUCUGAUGACAAGGACUCCAAGGCCCGCAAGGAGCUGCUCCACGCAGUCUUCCGCGCCUGCGAUCUCAACGGAGAUGAUUGGCUCAGCGAGGGCGAGUUCCGAAACAUUGCGAACUUCUACGGAUUCAAGGGAGACAGCGAGAAGUGGGCGGAGGAGUUCAAGAAGCUCUGCGAGGAGCAUCACGCGAAUCCAAACAAAGGAAUCAGCUUCACGAUGUUCACCAACUUGUUGAACGACACGCAGGGUGGCCUUCACGCCGACAUGGACGAUCUGCAGAAGAUGCUACGAAAGUUGCAAGACCACAAGCAGAAAGUCGGAGGCACAGCAGCUGCGAAGAACCAAGGAGCAGCACCUGCUGAGGGGGAAGGAGAUGAGUUCUUCCAAAAGCUCAAGAGGUACCUGGAGUAUCUGAAGCGCGAGAAAGCUGCCAAGCAAGAGGAGCGACAAAUGCGACUGGCGCGGCUCCGAUCGUGCCCGCCGAAGGUCCGUCCCCUUUCCGGCAUAGCCGACUCCGUGGGGAUGGGCGCUCGCCAGGCCAGCCACACCUCGAUGAACCUCAUGACCUCAGUUGCCAGCACCGCCAGCUUGCGAACCGUCACUGCGCCCGUGGUGAUUGAAGACCGAGCUGCGACUCCGGAGCCACGAGACGAGCCGGCCACAAAUGAUCCGGCGUCGCCUCGCUUGGUCGAACCACGUGUGCGUGACGAGAUCCCGGAGAACGCCCGCAAAUUGUACAGCAAAUUCCGGGGCCCGCUGAUGCUCAAGCACUUGAAGGAGCUCGCAUCCAGCGAUCAGGCGCUGCAGGGCGCAGGGCUGCGCAGGGCCGUGCACGUCUUCAGAUGUUCGGAGUACAUGUUGGACUCCAACGAAGAUGUGCUGUCCAAUGAGCGUGAGAAGGCACUUGGGGUGAUUCCUCCAGGGGCACUUGCUGGAAGAGUGUCCAAGCUUGCAGCCCCUGCCCUUGCGAUUGAUACCGGGGUGAGCUUUGAGUCUCCCAACUUCCAGGAGUUCCAGCGGCGGUCAGAGCAGCACCUUGCGCGGAGACAGCGGCAGAGGCGUAUGCACCAGGUGGCAGCUGAAGUGCUGAAGGGAAAGCGAGAGCUGUUGGACUGCUUCAAGGUUUCCGAGCGGGCUGAUCUAGAUAGGAUGCAGACCUGCCCUCGCGAUCACGGAGACAUGAUGGCAGUUAAGCUGAGGACUGUACACUGGUACAACAAGCAUGGCCAGCUGGUGGAGCAGAUCCGUCUGAAUGCAGUGCAUGAACAUCUCUCGGAGAUCAAGCCCACACAGGCGAUGAAAAUCCUCUACGACUUGGACCAGCAGGCGAAGGAGACUCUGACGGAUCCAACAGGGUGGAUCAUCAAUCAGGCCAAGCAGCGCAAACUUGCCAACGAGACGAAGGGCAAGGGAGAUGGAAAAGGAGAGAGGGAUGGCGAGCACAAGGGCAACAACAAGACUGAGAGCAAGGUUGAGACGAGCAAGGACGCAGUUCCAGAGUGGCGUAGCCAGAAGUCAGAGGAACUUGAUGAGAAGAACCACAAGUCAGGCAACAAAGGUGCUGGAAAAGGGAAGGCCGAUGAGGGCGAAGAGCAGGAGACCGAUGAGUUCCGGGCCAAGAUGAAGAGGACCAUCAACUGGUACAAUCGCCAUGGAGGCCUGCUGGCGCCAAUCCGCUUCCAGGAAGUGAUCCAAACUCUUGGCAUGACCGACCCUCGGGUGGCCAUGAGGAUUCUCAACGACUUGGACCAGGCCAACGCCGAAGCUGUUUUGCAAGAUCCCACAAAGUGGAUCAUCGAGGAGUGUCGCAGGCGUGUCAUGGCCCCAGGAUUGGAUGGCGCUGUCGCUUGCUAG